CAAGAUGGCGGCCACCAUGAAGAAGGCGGCUGCAGAAGAUGUCAAUGUUACUUUUGAAGAUCAACAAAAAAUAAACAAAUUUGCUCGAAAUACGAGUCGGAUCACAGAGCUAAAGGAGGAAAUAGAAGUGAAGAAGAAACACCUUCAGAAUUUAGAAGAUGCCUGCGACGACAUCAUGCUGGCCGAUGACGACAGCCUGAUGAUUCCGUACCAGAUUGGAGACGUUUUUAUUAGCCACUCUCAAGAAGAAACCCAAGAAAUGUUAGAAGAAGCGAAGAGAACUUUGCAAGAAGAGAUCGACGCCUUAGAGUCCAGAGUGGCGUCCAUCCAGCGGGUAUUAGCUGACUUGAAAGUGCAGUUAUAUGCAAAAUUUGGCAGCAACAUAAACCUUGAGGCGGAUGAAAGCUAAACAUUUUAUAAUACUUUUUUUUACCUUGUUUAAUAAACUUGAAUAUUGUCUUAAA